GUCGACGUUUGCAUCAUUCAAAGUCGAGUCGCCGAACGGUGAACAGCUCGCUGACGUGUUCACAAACAAAUCCACAGAAAUGCUCUACAGUGAUUCCAGUAUGGACGUCCUCGACGCCGCUGUGCGAGUCUCGGGUCUCCGAGGAGAAGCAGGUUCCGCUGGUGCGAAGCCUACGCGGAAAAGGCAGAAGUUGGACCAUCUCACGUCGGAGGAAAAACUUCUUCGUCGCAAAAUGAAGAACAGGGCCGCGGCGCAGAACGCCCGAGAUCGGAAGAAGGCCCACAUGGACGAGCUGGAGAUCCAAGUCACAGAGCUGAUCCGAGACAGCAAACAGCUGACGGCUGAGAACGAACGGCUACGGAAAGUGAACGCUGAACAACAGAAGCAGAUCGAGGAGUUGCAGGCGAGAUUGGCUGCGGUCGAUUCACAGAAGAUGGACACAACUACCGAAGGUUCCUUUGAGCAUGCAUCGCUUGUUAAUGAACCUCUGCAGAAGGAUCAGGUUCCGACGGUAGUGUUGUCUCUUCUCCUGUGUGUUCUCCUGCGGCUGAUGUCAAAUGCGAAGACCUCGACGACGACGACGACGAACAGCCUCACCUGUCGCUAUUCGACGACACCGACCUCGUCGACUUGCUCCUCGAGCAGUCGGCAUCGAACGUUGUUACCUCCCCGGAGCCUCCAAGCAUCGUGGUGGACGCCGCACCGAUUGAAAACCUAGAUCACGUUUACCAUAAACAGGAACCCAGUGGACCGAUUUCAGUCACAGGACAAUUGUUGAAGCCUAUCGAUGAUUUAAGCAGGACUUCUUCCCCGCAUUCACCGCUUUCGAGUUCAUCUUCGUCAUCUGGCUACGAUUCGGAUCGGAGCAGCGAACCCAUGCCGUGGGAGGAGAGUUUCAACGACCUUUUCCCCGAUUUGGUUUGAAUUAUAUUGUGUCUAUUUAUUCUGCUUGUCAAGAGGGAGAUGUCUCCGAGAGCACAUACGUUGGAAAGAAUAAAUUCAUCGAUGGAAUGUAGAC